AUUCACGAAAGUGAUUGGAAUAGACAGCAAAAAAAAAAACCCGUCAGUUGUGGUUCUAAAUUUGGAGGACUUUGGGAACAACACACCGCCCUGAGUUUAUUCAAAUCGAUUUUGUUCUUCGGAGGCAUUCAUCCAUACUUUCUUUCAUUUUACUCACUUGGGCAGACGGUCGCCGACACUCCCAUUCAUACUGCCACCGGCCACUACAUGCGUCCUGUGCAAAGGCUGGUAUUGUUAUAACCGCUUUCUUGAUCUACAAGAAAAUUCAUAUUUGCAGAGAGAUUUACGCCAUUGUUCUCCUUGAGUUCAGGGUUUUAACAAUGCUCCUUCGGAAAGACAUAAAAAAGAUGCCCGCGUAGUUAGCAUGAUAAUAGAGCUCAAGGCGUCGAGAAAUUCCAUAAUAUAUUCCAGGAGCCUGGUGUAAGAGCACAUAAUUCUGUGGCCAAUUCUGUUACUUUACAAAGUAGAAUACGAGAUAGAACACGCCUAUUUUUCAAAGAUCUAGAUUCAAUACACGAUGCAAGAUGAGGGACCGCAAUUUACCCGACGAUGAAUAUAAUCGUAGGCUACACAUCUAUGCCGAAACCCCAGGUCUUCAACAACCGGCACUGGUCCCAGCCUCAGAAAAAGAGCUCAACGCCCCUCGACCCCCACCAUUAUCAGCAUUACCCGCUCAGGGACACAGUAGUAUACAGACACGCCCCUAUGCUAGGAUUCCAGCCGCUAACUUUGUGGAAGAAGAGGAGGAGGACGUUGACUCGCCGUCAUCAACCCCAGCCACAGGUCAAUCGUUGUCGUCGGCAUCCUCCAUGGUUUCUCCAGGGACGGCAAGUCGCAUUGGUUUGACGAAUGGCAAAACUGUUGGACAGGGUCGAGAUCCUAUUUACGCCGAGUUGGAUCAUCGACAUUCAGAAGAUGACAGAACGGAAAAUGCUUUGGGAUGCAUUUCUGAAAACAAAGCCAGUAUUCAUUCAUCAACACCAUUAAGAACAUCAGAUGUAAUUCUUAAUCCGUCUGAAAGUACAAGCGAUGGUCGAUCCCGAACAGUUUCACCUCAACCACUAUCGAAACGGCAAGCACCUUUGCCAGGGUCGUCCAUCGCGAAGAAAUUAGACUUGACUCAAGGGCCAGGACCUAAUUCGAAAACAAUAAGGACCCAUACACGACUUGAUGCAAGUCUUGAAAUCCCGGCGACACCACGUCCGAAAUAUGCAGGGACGGAAAAGAAAGAUGACGAUGGGAUACUGCUUAUACGGAAAACAGAGCAUAGUUCCGAGGUUGACGAGACGACGACGUCCUCGACGAAGAAUGAGAAUGAUGGUGUCGUCACCAGACCCAACAGCUCAGGUGGCUCAGGGAUCAUUCUGACUCGCGUCAGGAGUAUAGAUGGUCAACCGACAAUGGUUCCUGGAGAGGUCGACGGCGAGGGUGAAGCCCAGAUUUCAAUGCCAGUCGAUCCUGACCUCGACGCAGGCAUGGCUGUCAUUAAAAAGAAGCAAAGGUUCCGAAGAAAUAUGAUCUUCAUCAUUUCAUUUCUCAUGAUCCUUCUAAUCGUCGUCGCUGCUGUCAUCAUCUCUCUCGUCAUCGUCACCAAAAAUAGGUGACCAGAGAGGGCAGUGUUCAACUUCUGAGUUUCCAGCCUGAGAGAAUUCUUCACAAAUCCAGAAAGCUUCUUCCAUGACUGAUUGAUUAUUCCUGCCAUGAUGUCCUGCGUCUGAAUCCACCAAGCAAGCAUUCGAGCAUGGAAUUCAGAAUUUGAGAGACAGAUCUGAAAAGAGAAAAUUGUCAAAUCCUAUUAAACACAAGUUGAAGAAUAUCUUCAGAUUGUUAAGCCUAUUAUGAAUUAUUGCAUUCUACUGCUUUAACCCUAAAUAGACCCUUAGAAGAUGGGGGGGGGGGACUGAUUAACCCCCCUAAUUAUCUCAGCCGUAGAUCACACGAUAACUACAAAAAUUGGCACACGUGUAACCCAUGGCAUAAUCUACAAAACUCUUGUGAAAAAUCUCAUUGCUAAUAGCAGAUUUACACAUAAAAUAAUAAGUUUGCUCUAAUUAACUAAAUAAUGCCCCUAAAAUGCUAAUUUUUUGGUUCAUAGACUCUUUAUAGGAGUCUGAUCAAAUGAACUUUAACAAAAAAUUUCAACAUUACAUUUAUUUACUUAUGUAUUUUUUUGUUUUCUAAAUUUCUUAUGUACUUCUUUGUUUUUUCUUCUUUUUGUGUGUUUUUUUCAAUGGAAAUUGGAGGGGACUUUAUUUUGACCAUAAACAAGAUGAAAUUAAUUGAUUUUAAUCAGUAAAAGGAGAACUGAUGAUAUAUUUAUGAAUUUUGGCAAAAAAAAACUAUUAGCAUUGGAUUUGUACACAAAUUCACAUUUUGGAGCAAUUUUGGGUCUGCAUGCACGUAUGAAAUGUUGUGCAAUUUCAGGGGGGCUGAAUCUUCCCAAGUCUUAUUAGGGUUAAAUUAACCAAAGGCUUUAUUAUCUCUUGUACAUUGUAACAAUUUCACAGACACCCACCUGGUGUACAAAAAGGAAAAUGUGGGGGGGGGGGAACUUGUGGUGUAUUUCAAUUGCAUAAAUUCAUCGUUUAUUUAUUUUUUUAAAUUUAAAACUACUAUUUUUAAAAAUACUAAAAUUUUAUUUAAAAGUACUAUGUAAUCAGCUGACUUACAUGGACAUAUCUAUGAUUUUCUAACAAAGAUACAGAAAGAUUUUUUCCAGUUACAUUCAGGAUUUAUGCAGUAAUUAAAGAUAAAUGCCAGUUGUGAUAAUGAUCUCAAAAUGACUUUUUACACAGUCCAAUAUAAUGACCACCCAAGUGUCUGUAUGAAUAAAAAAAUAUGUGCCAAAGGAUUCUGGAAGAAAUUGUGUAAUUGCUGAGAAAUAAGCAAAAUAAGCGCGGAUUCGGGCACUUCCGUCGGGUCUUUAUUCCAGCAAUAAUAAUAUACACUGUCCCAAGUGUGCCUAUCUGUGUUGGCAAUCUUCAGUGUGAUCGUUUUUCAGCUUAGAUUUUAUGAUUACACAAAGUUCAGUUUAUGUAACUGUACCAGAUCUAGAUCCACGAUGACAUUGUAAUACUUAACCUUGUUUUACAGACUUUCUCACGAAAUCAGUGUUUUACUGCAUCUACUUUCAUUUAGCUUUAAACAAAACAACACAAUUACAUAAAAUCAUUGAAUAAAUCAUGGAGCUCACUUAUGACAGAAUAUUAAUGAUUACUGGUCCAUUACAAUUGCUGGCACUGUUAUCUUUAGUGCACACUGCACAAUGUUCGCAAUGUUAGAUAUUAAAUCAAAUUUAAGGCAAAAUCAACAUACUGGACACAGUCAGGUAAGGAAUGUAUUACGCAAAGGGAAAACAAAACGUAUUGUGAAAAUUUUUUAUUCAGUUUCAUGAUAUUAACUAAAUGGACAAAAGGUGACAAUGUGGAUAUAUUUAAGAAUUUACUAGAGUUGAGAUGUUCUGCAAGUUAGAAUCUGAGAUUCUGAACCACGCACCUUUAAAACUGUUUGUUGGGUCAUGGAAAGGGUAUGGUUAAUGCCUUCUAAUAAGUAGUACUUGAUAUUGAUGAAUACUAGUAUGUGUUGAUAAUAACAUUCUUCUUUUAUAUCUAACUACUGUUUAAAUCAACCAGGGUGACUUUGGACAUACCCUCAGACAAAGAUGUAACUCUUUCCCAAUAAAAUCUCUAUCUCCCUGCUAUUAAUCAAGUAAUGCUACAUACAUGUACAUGUAAUAUCAUUCAAUAUUAGCAUUUCUAUGUCAUAGUAAAAGUGAUUUAUAUAAUUUACAAUAAACAUAUGUAUACACUGGUGAUACAAGGUAAAUCUGAUGUUUAUCGUGCCACAUGGUGUGUUAGACUUCUUAUGGGAUCCGAUAGUGACAGAUUUAGAUUAGUUAGAAAGAAUACCAUUUCAUGGACGUUAUUGUUUGUGCAAAUUUUUUUUGUUCCUAAUCUUUAUAAAUCUGCUACUUCUCCAGGAUGUAAUCACCAGGCAAAUGAUCAAGUUUCAAAUCACUUAUUAUGAACCCUUCUGCAUUUCUAAAACAGUAGGAAAAUCAUGCGAAACAUUCCUCAACUUUUUUCCAUUGCUGCAGCCAUUCUUCAAGAAAAGGAUGGCAUCUGUUAUGUAUACAUGUAUAUACUAUAAAAUAUUGUAACACUAAUGAGAUGAUAUCGAAUACGUACAAUUAUUAUCAUUAAUAAAUACAAAUAUGAAUGAAAAAUGUAGUCAGAUUGAAUUUGUAUGUGAUUAAAAAAAACAAUUGUCUA